AGGUUCGACUUCGUUGUCUGGCUAGCAAGCGGCAUCGGCGAUCGACUGAGCCUGCCUCUCUCUCUCUCUCUCUCAAUCCCCCUCUUCUCUAGAGAGAACGUAGUACGCUCGUCGAGUCCACCAGCCGUCGACCACCAUGGCCGCCAUCGCCGCCGUUGCUGCCGUCGCCCCGAGCACAUUCGCCGGCCAGACCACUCUCAAGGAGCAGAGCGAGCUGAGCCGCCAUGUCGGCCAGUCGGAGUCUCGCGUUGUCAUGAGGAGGACCGUCAAGUCCAGCGACAGCCUAUGGUAUGGCCCCGACCGCCCCAAGUUCCUGGGCCCGUUGUCCGGUGAGACUCCAUCGUACUUGACGGGAGAGUUCCCCGGGGACUAUGGCUGGGACACCGCUGGACUGUCCGCGGACCCCGAGACGUUCGCUCGCAACAGGGAACUGGAGGUGAUCCACGCCCGUUGGGCCAUGCUCGGCGCGCUCGGCUGCCUCACUCCCGAGCUGUUGGCCAACAGCGGCGUCAAGUUCGGCGAGGCUGUGUGGUUCAAGGCCGGCGCUCAGAUCUUCUCCGAGGGUGGGCUGGACUACCUGGGCAACCCCAACCUCGUCCACGCUCAGAGCAUCUUGGCCAUCUGGGCCUGCCAGGUGGUGCUCAUGGGCGCCGUGGAGGGCUACAGAGUGAACGGCGGGCCGUUGGGAGAGGUGGUGGACCCCCUCUACCCGGGCGGCAGCUUCGACCCCUUGGGCUUGGCCGACGACCCCGAUACCCUCGCUGAGCUGAAGGUCAAGGAGCUCAAGAAUGGCCGCUUGGCCAUGUUCUCCAUGUUCGGCUUCUUCGUCCAGGCCAUCGUCACCGGCAAGGGCCCGUUGGAGAACCUGAACGACCAUCUGGCUGACCCGGUCGCCAACAACGCCUGGGCCUACGCCCAGAACUUCGUCCCUGGAUCUUAGAUGUCUAGGCUAGACAUGCUAAUCCAUCACUAACAUCAUACUAACAUAGCACCAAGCUGUACUUAGCUUUUUCCUUUUGGGCAGCUCAUGCCCACAACUAGAUAGGAGAUGCUAUGGCUAGCCGGGGGGGGGGGACUCGUCGUGAUGUUUCCUAAUUGCUCUGAUCGUCAACUGUGCAGCUGAACAGCACUGCCUUUCAGUCUACAGGCCGUCCACCGAUCAGCCUAACCAUUACAGCAGCAAAUACAGCUGAUAAUCCAUGGUUGGAGGCUUGGAUCCACACUCCGUAGUCACUGAAUGUUUUGAGUCAGUGAUAAUGCCCUUUGUACAUAAGACGUAACUAGUGAUCCAUCAUAUUAAUGUUUCGAUAAAUUAAUCUCUUUGGUCAGCAAGUCCAAACUUUCAUUUCUGAUUGCAUUUUGUUCUAAUUAUAGUGUGUUGUGUGGAAGUGAGGGCUUCUAUCAGGAUUUGAGCUCAGUGAUCUGUUUGCUGGCACACUGGCAAUGACAUGUAUGUAAUAUACCAGUAUGUACCAUUGAGCCACA